GAGGGCGGGAUGUACUCGGCGGGGACGGAAAGCUUGCUGCGGCAGGCCAGAGAGAUCCAGGAUGACGAACUUAAAAAAUUCACUUCUCGGAUCUCAGGCUUCCUUCAAAAUCAAGACUUUGGAAAUGAAACGGUUGAUUCCUUGCGAAGACUAUUUCUUAUUGUCUCCGCCAGCAAAUGUAGUCGGACAUUGGAGGACAGACUUGUUCAGCUUCUGCAAACAACCCUAUACCUACCAAAGUCUCCUAAGCAAAUCCAGAUACUUUGUAGUGCCAUAUUAAGAGAGGUAUCAUUUUGCGAUGAUUUAUCUCUGCCUUGGGAUAAGUUCCGGGACACCAGGCUGUUGAGUUUAGCUUUCUCCAUCGUGCAAUCCCAAUGCAAUAAAAAGACAACUGUUGAAGAAGUGGGACAGCACGUGGUGAAAAUUCUGGAAGGCAGACUGCCUGAAGAUCAGAGUGCACGCCCUCUUCUCCCCAUUCUGUCCAAUGUCAUCAGUUCUGCACCGCUGAGCCUGAAGGAAGAUCAGAUCAACCUGAUCAGCAAAAGGAUGGUGGACUGGCUGAGGUAUGCCAGCCUUCAGCAAGGAGUAACUCAAGCGACAGGUGGCUUUUUCAAUCCAAGAGGAAAACAGCCUGGCCCCAUCACCGAGGUGGACGGCACGGUAGCCACUGACUUCUUCACCGUGCUCUCGGUGGGCCAGAAUUACACAGAGGACCAAUGGCUCAACAUGCAGGCUUUUUCCAUGCUGAGGAAGUGGCUCUUGUGUUACAGGAGUGACGCAACAAGCAAUCCAAAUUCUGAUGACAAGUCGGAGGUGGAUGGCUCCCUCGUGUCAAUGGUCUCCGUCACAUCCACCUCAAGUCGCCUCCUUUUCCCACGGGAACGCUUGAGAGAAAAGGCCUUUGAGUACUGCCAGCGGCUUCUGGAGCAGAGCAAUCGCAGGGCUCUGAAGAAAGCCGAUGGGGAGCUGCAGAAAGCCUGUCUCAUCGAAGCGGUCACCAUUAUGGACAUCAUCUGCCGACACGACUCUUCUUACGUUUACCGCUCCCUCUCCAGCUUGAAAAACCUCCAAGGACGGAUCAGCGGGGAUCCUUCUUCCGCCCGCGUGCUGAUUCCCAUCGCCCAGUUUUUCCUGAACCACAGCGAGACGGCAGCGGUGGACUCCGAAGCCAUUUAUCGGCAUCUCUUCGCCAAAGUUCCCGCUCAGCUUUUCCACAACCUCAUGCUGGCUUAUGAGUUUCUCCAGUUCUGCCGGCAGAAUGUUGGACUCUUCACGGGGCAUCUCAGCAUCUUCCGACAAAGCACCCCGAAUCUGUUCAAGUUCUUGGCCUGGAAUAGCCCAGCUCUGAUUGUUGAUUACACAGAUCUUUUACCAGCCCUGCUCGGUCCGGAUAACGCCUUGGAAAUCUUCCACUUGUUGCUCGACCUUCCGUGUUUAACGGCUGCACUGGACACCCAACUCAGGUCUGCCCUGACCCCCCUGUCUGAGAGGGCCACCAUAGAUCCAACUACAAAGCCUGUCACCUUCCUGGAAGCCUUCCGCCACCCCCAAUAUAGGGGCCUCUUCCAUUAUCUCCUGCGGGUUGAGACCAUUCCAGGUGACCCUGGCAGGCUGACUCCUCUCCGGCAGCUUUUGGGGUCCCUGGCCAGCCACCCUCGUGUUGGGCAAUGUGCCAGGAGCGUCCCACCCUUACUACAGCUCUUCUUCAGGUUGGUGUCCAAGUUUGCAGAUGAAGCUCUUGCCAAGAAGCUGACCUUGGCAGCCCUGGAGAGGAGUGAUCAGCUUUACGAGAUCCCCGGGUUCAAGGCCGAGGUGUUCAGAGUGAUGAGUUCCCAGCUACGAGUCUUAUGCAAGCAACACCCCUCCUUGGUGGUGGAGCUGUCCAAGCCACUUCUGGAGUUUUCGGGAACGGUGUCCAACAUCCAGACCAAGGAGGACCUCUUCAUUCACGUGGUCUGGGCCAUUGGGGAAUAUGCAUCGGUGACCCACGAUAAGCGUUGCACGGUGGAGCAGAUCAACACCUUCUUUGACGUUCUGGAAGCCAUGCUUUUCGAGAUCACCCAGCUGCGCCCUUCAGCUAACAUCCCCAGGUCGUCCCCUCGUGUGAUAGCUGUCCUCAUGACCGCCUUGACCAAGCUAGCUUCUCGCAGCCAGGACCUGAUUCCCAGAGUUUGCCUGUUUCUGUCUAAGAUGAAGAUAUUCAUCCAGAGCACGGCCGUGUCCUCCGUCUACUGCGCCGAAGAAGCCGAGGCCAUCCUAACCCGGGCGACAGAGCUGAUGAACUUGCUGAAAAUGCCCAGCGUGGCUCAGUUUGUGCUCAGACCAUCCUCCGGGGACAUAAGCCAGAAGGAGACCCACAUCCCUUUGUUGCUUGCCAUGAAGAUGACCAGCCAGCUUUUGGAAGGCGGAACCGGGUCCGUUCCUGACGUGAGGAAGCUCUCAGGACCAACAUAAGGUUGCUUCCUGGUGACAGGUAGAUCUCGUUGAUGCCUUCUCCGUUUCUGAGGACUCUUCGGGUCCUACUUCCCCAUCUCCUAGCACACCUUGGUGUCUUUACCGUUGAUGGCAAAUGUUCACUCCAUCAGCACCUCUCACAUAUUAAAAGACUUUAUGGUAUACGU